UCGUCGGCCUAUGACGGCUAACGGGCUUAAAUAUAUGGAUGAAAUAAUGGCCGACGACCCUGGAACAUUUAGAGAUGUGUACCAAAUGUAUCCUGACAUUUUUCAAAGAUUAUGUUGUAUCCUAAAAAAUAAAACGCCUCUAGAAGAUACACGAUAUAUUUGUGUUGAAGAAAUGGUUGCAACAUUUUUACUUAUCGUCGGCCAAAACAACCGCUAUAGUCAACCAAGGAUGAUAUUUAAGCGGUCACACUUCACCAUUAGCAGAAGCUUCAACAAAGUAUUGAAAGCAUUGAAUACAAUAGCUCCAGAAUUUAUGGCCAAACCGGAAUCCGUACCACAUGUAAUCAGAGAGUACAAGGUUUUAUCCUCACUUUAAGGAUUGCAUCGAAGCAAUAGAUGACACUCACAUUCCAGCAACUGUAGUUGGAUGAGAAGUGAAUAGCUAUCAAAAUCGUCAUGGGACUAUAUCUCAAAAUGUACUAGCUGCUUGCAACUUUGAUUUACAAUUCAUAUAUGUGCUUAGCAUUUGGGAAGGUUCUGCUCAUGAUUCAAAAGUGUUAAAUGAUUCAAUUUCAAGGCCAAAUGGUCUUAAAGUGCCGCAAGGUAAAUAUUAUUUGGGGGAUUGUGGAUUUCCAAAUCGGCAUCAGUUUUUAGCUCCUUUUCGAGGUACUCGAUAUCAUCUUAAGGAUUUUGGUGGUGAAGGAAAUCACCCUGUCAAUGCCGUUAAGCUAUUCAAUCUUCGUCAUGCUUCUUUAAGGAAUGUGAUUGAACGGAUAUUUGGAAUAUUCAAGUCACGCUUCACAGUCUUCAAAACAUCACCUCUAUUCUCUUAUAAAAC